AUGGUUCUUCCUUCCUAUCAGAACUUCGAUUUGCUAUUCGAUCAAGAAAUGGAUUGUUCCGACCACGUCGAUGAUCGUCUCUAUUCGUGUUUAUUCGAAGAGUCCCCUGCGGUUUCAUCGAAUUCGUAUGCCCCUGCCAUGCUCGUCGACGAGUUUCUGAAUCUUGACGAUUGGAGCGAUGAAUUCAUCGCGCCUUCUUCGCCAUUCGAAGGGUUGGAGGCUAUUUCGAGCGAAGAAAUUGAAAAUUUCUGCGAAUGGAUACACGGGAGCGACGUCAUCGGGAAUUCCGAGUCUCCGGUUACCGUAGAAGCCGUCGAAGGGAGUCCUUGUCUUUCCGUAGAAUCUAGCCACGGCUCGAUUGCAUGUCCAAUGUUGUUGGAGCUUCCGGGAUACGGUAAAGAAGUCGAUAGUGGAGUGAGUCUUCUUCAUUUAUUGAAGGUUUACGGCGAGGCGACGGAGAACGGACAGUCGGAGCUAGCGGGCGUGAUCGAAAAGUCGAUAAACAAGAAAAGCAAUCCGACAGGGACAACCGCGGAGCGAGUUGCGUACAACAUGUUCAUGUCCGGGGACGAUCAAGGAGAGUAUAUACGACAAGAAUCGAGCAAGAACUUUGUCCCGGCGUUCAAGGUGUUAAACCAAAGCCUCCCGAACACUCGGUUCGCUCAUUUCACCGCUACGACGGCGAUUCUCGAAGCGGUGCCAGAUGAUGCGGGGACAGUAUGGGUGGUCGACUUCGACGUCGGGGAGGGGAUUCAAUGGCCGCCGUUGAUCAAUGCCGUGAGAGGAAAACGAAAGCAAGUUAAGUUUGUAAUGGUGAAGCCCGAGGAAGAAUGCGCGGUUUCUUCGUGGUGGAGCUUUGAAGAUACAAAGAAACGGCUAAUGGCCGAAGGGAGGGAAUACGGCGUAAAGAUGCAAGUCGAGGAGAAGGGAAUCGACGAGCUUUACAAUGAAGUGGUGAAUAGGUCGACAGAACGAGAUUUUGUAGUGUUCAAUUGUAUGGUCGGGCUUCCGCACAUGGGAAGGAGGCGACCGAGGAGACGGGUUUUCGAGUUUUUAAAGGUAGCCGAGAUGGUAUUAACGAAUCGACUAGGGAUGUUGGUUCGAGGCGAAGGGGGAGGGGGUGAGGGCGGAGAUAGUUAUGGUUUAUAUUUUGAGGAAGUUUUGAGAUAUUACGAGGCGAUAUUUGAGUCGUUGGAGGGGAGUUUUCCGGAUCAUCUUGUGGAAGCGAGGACUGUGAUCGAAAGUCUUUUUUUAUCACCGUUGAUGAGGCCGGUGGAUUGGUUUCGGGAUUGGGAGGAGAGGGGUGAGGGGUGUGGUGUCGGUGGGCAGUUGGAGGGGCGGCGGCUGACCGGAGAAAAUGUGGCGGCAGCGAGGAGGGUGGUGGGUGAAGGAGGGGGUGGGGGUGGGGGUGAGUACAAGGUUAGGGUUGGAGUUAGAGAACAUGAGGUUGUAUUGCAAUGGAAGGAGACUACACUAGUUAAAGUGUCUACAUGGGUCCCUGUCUUCAUAGUUAUAUGA